AUGAAGCUUCUUCCGAACAUACUGACCUUGUCAUCGAGCACAUGUGCUCUUGCCUUUGACCUAGCUCUGGCAGCUGCUGUCGAGGACAAGGGUCAUACGACACCGACAAUAACAAAGACAUUCUAUCAUACAGAAGUAAGAAGACUGCACACGAGCUACGAUAGCGAUAUUGGUAGGAGCAAAAGGGCGGUCUCCAACGAAUCCACCAGUUUUUUCAUCGAGCGGGUCUCUAAGCGUGAGCAUUAUCGCUUAGCCUCAUCUAUAUCAACAGAAUACCCAACGCUGGAAACGCUAAGCGGAGAGAAGCCCAGGGUCUCCCAAGUAUCUGUGACGGGCGAAUCUGUCAUCUCCGAUACGCGCAAAGACCGACCCGCAUCUCCUAACGAUGCCACCAAGCACCAUCAUACCCUGGAUUACGAAUUUCACACCGUCGAUAAGCGAAGCAACAACCUCUAUAAUCUCAGAUUUGACCUUGUGUCUGAAGGCUAUAUCUCAGUGUACAUGUCCAACACCACAGCAUCUGAAUUCUGCGAAUACGGAGUAGAGCAAGACCCUGAUGAAACUCCAAAGACACGCGAACUCCACGUUGCUGUUCUAGAUGCUACGAAAACGAUCGCUAUACCGGUUCAUGGAGAGGCAGCUGCUAGUUUCUGCCUCGAGUUUAGGAAUGAAGAGGAUAUAGAUGACUCGAAAGAUUGCAAAGGAACUGCGGGUUCAACAACAACAGCCUCGUCGACAAAGCAAAAAACGAGAAAAAUUUCGACUACUGAGAAAACAUUGGGGAGCACAUCAGCUUCGUCUAAACAUACGUCUUCCCCGGCAUCAGUUUCAGAGACUGACUCUGACACGUCCUCCACAACAAAGACUCGAAGCUCACACAACGACGAGACUAGCGAUAGCUCAGAGGAAUCCAAGUCGAAAAAAAGAUCAUCUACUUCAGCGACAUCUUCACACACUGAAUCCAUCACCCCAGCAUCAGGAACCGAAGUACUCAGCAAGUCCAGGACAAAGUCCUACGCAAGCGAACCCGACGAAGAAACACUGAAAACACCCUCAUCACUACUCACUCCCACGAGAACAGGAAAUACGAUCACUGAUAUCUCUGACCCAGACACGAGCACCUCUCAUCCCCCCAAAACCAAAUCCAAAACCUCCUCGGCUAAGGAGCCCAAAGAUACCUCAGCAGAUCCAGAACUCUCCCCAUCGCCCAAAGCCACACCCCUCGCCCUUCCUACCAGCACACCACAGACUAGCAGCAAACAAGACGUCUUCACCAUAUCAAGCAUGAACACAUGGUACCCCUACAUCAGCGAAUACAUCAAGACUGCCGAGGACACCGCAACGACAGCAGAUAGUAAGGAGCAAGAUCCCAUCACGACCACUACCUCUGUGAACGGAGCUGCGAGGCUAGGGAGACGGGGUGUUGCGUCCAUAGCGGCGAAGCAGGCUGGUGGAGCUAGACGUGCAGCUGGAUCGAUGCGGGAUGGGAGUAUGCAGUAUACGUCUGAUUAUAGCUGGAUGGGGACUACUGGUACUGUUUCGACUCGUCGGCUGUAUAACUCUGAUAUGGCCUCUACGACGGCGUCGAGGAACGCGGGGGUGAGGCGGUACCGAUCGCGGUUUGUGGGGUGGCGUCGAGGUGGGCGGGAGUGGUUGACGGGUGGGUUUGAUGGAAGGAGGGGGAGGAGGAGGGGGUUGGACGAGGAUGCUGGGCAGGAAAAGAAGGGGUUUUUUGAUAUCGCUGUUGAUGAUGAGGGGGAUGGAGGGGUUGGGAAAUCUACCAGGGUUAGCACAGAAGUAAAUGGAGCGGAGGAUGUGGUUAUUGCUACGAAGCUGGCGGUUAAACAGCAGGGCGGUGGUGGCGAGGAUGGAGAUGGUCUUGUGGAAGACGGAAGUAGUGAAAAGGGAGGAGACGCUGAGCUGGAAGAGGAGACGGUGGUUGGCGAAGAGACUGAGCCUGAUGAGGUUGUGAACGAAGACAGGAGUGGAGAUGAGGAGCCUACGUCUACGGAUGAGGGAGAUGCCGCACCGACGACGAACGUAUCUGCAGACGCCAACGAAGAACCUACAUCCACGAAGAAGAAACCCACAGAAGACGAGGAAGCCACACCGACUGAUGACGCGGACCAAGACACUUCGACCAAGGACGACGACGACGACGACGCUCCAGCCGACGAUGAUGCCGAGCAGCCCACUGAAAACACUUCGACAACUUCCUCCAAGAAGCUCAAGCCCACCAACCCAUCCACUACAUCCAACGCAGACCCAUUCACACCCCCCACAACAAAAGCCAAAUCCGACUCCCCAAACACAACAUCUCACAUCCCGUCCCUAGCGUCAGACAUAUCCUUCAUCUUCCCCUCCGCCAUCCCCCAGGCAACAGCACCGUUCCCCACACCCCCUCCCGCACCAACAGGAACAGGUAAGCAUCUGCAGCACCCCAAUGUCCGCGAGAUAUUGUUACUGAUUCUAAAUCCACAAACGUGUAGCACCACAGCUAAACUCACCGAUCAUGUGGGACCCAGAUUGUCCGCAAAUAAGCACGUCGACGUCGACGGCGGGAAAUGGUCUUACGACGAGGCUUGGUGUGACUGUUGGACUGGGCUGUUGGCGCAGUGUUGUAUCGUCUGGGAACGGGGACGAGAAUAA